UCAUCGAAGGCAGUACUAGACGCUUAGCAUACCUACCGCCGAUCAUAAAUUCUUUAAUAAACUGUUGCUUUAGGGGAAAAAACAUUCAAACAGGAGAUAUUGAGGGCUAUAACUGUAGGCAAGUUGACGGGGGAAGUACUUUUAAAUUUCUAUUUUGGAGCCUCGCUUUCAAAACUACUUCUUAAAAGUGAAAAAAUAUUCACAAUCCUUAAUCAAAAUCCGAUACAUUUUCAAGAAGAGUACAAAUUACGCAUUUGAUUCAGAAAAUAUAAGAACGUUGAUUAUUUAUGCUUCUUUGCUUGUUCAUAAAUGAACAUGGACUCUUUUUUGUCGGUUCUUUUGCUAGCGGUUUUUCCAUUUGUUUGCGCUGGACAGAACUUUGGUCGGUAUUCUGACUACACCAUCAAGGCGAGCUCCGUGUCUAGCUAUGGGGCUGAUUUUCCUUCCAAGUGUCACUGCCGGUCGAAAUGCUUCUUCGACCCGUCGUGUGUGGCGGUGGCGAUCUCAGCCACACCCGCCGCCAGCAGCUCGUACACGUGCAAGUUCACGGCGGCGGUGGCGGCCACUGGCCAACUUCUGCAGCCUCACGACUUCCUCGAACACGGCGCUGGGAUUGACACCUACGUCAAGGGUUUUUCAUGCUACCCUCCCUUGCAACUGAUCCUGGGGGUUGGCUGUCUCUACAUCAGCACGGAUGAGAAAAACUUCGCCGAUGCCAAAGCCAUCGGAUGUCCUGCGGGAACUAAACUCUACGCUCCUCCAUCACAAGACAGCUACUUCAAACUUGCAGAAUACCUCAUGCGCACUGGCACCACAACCGACUACUGGGUGUGGGUGAACAAGCUCCCGAACAACACUUGGGUGUGGGAAGACGGCAAAUAUUCCUACGGCACGGCUGUUUACCAGCAAGGCGUGUGGGCUACAGGCAACCCAGGAGGUGCAUCGAGUGACAAGUGUGGCAAAAUGAGACGCUCCGCUAACUAUAAAAUGUCUGACCGAUCUUGCACUGAGUCAUACAAGUACAUCUGCACAAUGGCUUAACUUAUUACACGGAAUUCUCAAAAGAUUUAUAGCAAGGGAACGCUAAAAUCUUGUGCUUAAGUGUGGUGGUACCAGAUUGGGUUCGACUACAAGUUAACCCCACUCGUUGAAAUCCGAACUCAUUUAGCGACAAAACAUGUGUUUACUUAUCCGAAUACUGCUAAGAGAUUUGAACACUGAUACACUGGCGGCAGUAUGGCUUUUCACAGAAUUUGCCACUCUCGUAUGCAUUUCAAUUGGACUGAAUUAGACUUUUUGAUUGACUAUGCGUUUCAAAUCUACUGAGAUAUUAUUGAAUAUUCUUUGAAAAUUAGCCAUCAUUGAAACUUCACAUGAAAUUACUACUUAAUUCGAAUCUAUUGUUUUAAACUGCCAACCAGAACGAAUUAUUAUCGAGUCAAGAGGCACCGCGAAGUAUCCUCCAAACCAUUUCCUGACUUAAAGUUACUGGUCAGCUUUAAGCGUUCCAAAAUUCGGUAGUGAGUGUUUAAAGGCCUUAGAAAGUUGAUGGUAUAGUCGAGUGAUGACUGCUGCACCCACGUGCUAUGAAAGUCAGUGAUGCCUAUAACGCUUUUUAUAUCACCGUGAAGCGUGGGUAUUAUCGUCACUAAACUUUAGGCGUGUCACAAUUUUUCCUGAAUAUUAUAUAAUUAUACGACAUUAUAUGCUCACCGUCUCACGAUAACAUGGUACAUUGAUAAUUUCUAAACCAUUUUUGGUUUGACGUCUCUUCACCGUUAUGUGAAAGAGGAAAAUUUUGAAAAAUGUUCGCAGCUUUCCAUGUCAAAUAUUUACAUCCAAAGAGCGAUGAGUCUAAUAUAGAUAUUACUUGAACAUCGGUUGACAGAGGAUCCAACGCAUUAGUAAAAAAUUUAUUUUUUAUUCCGUUGACAUAUUUAGUAGCUGUAAUUGUGUAUGCUUUAAGAUUUCUAGUUUGGAUUUUGGAUAAUAUUUAGAUCACGGAAUGACCUUUCUCUCAAAUUUUAUGCGAUCGUUGAGGCAGAAAAGAUCCAGUUUGCCCAAAGUGAUCGAAGAGUAUUUAGAACACGUCUUACAUUCAAAAACAAAAUAAUAAACUAAAUUCUUAACAGGCCUCUGGCUAUCUGCUUAGAAGUUAGACUCAGUUUAAAAAUCUACUCAUUCGGAUGGAUUAUUUUCAUUACUGUGUUAAGUAACAUAUUAGGACCAGUUAAAGACAACCAAACUUGUGCUGUAGCCGUUAAUUUCAUUUAUUUACUCAAUAUGAGCGAUUUUUGUCAACGCGGUAGCCAUGGCACGGUCACGAUCGAUCCAGAUUAUUUAUUUAAAAUUUAAGUCCAGCAUUGCAUUGCUCACCCCUAAAUGUCAACCUGGUUGUCCAUAAAUCAAUCUAAAUAGCGUGUUUAUUCAAGUGAUUUUUCUGAAAUAGCGUGUACCGCCAAAUAAUGACAUGUCAUCCACCCAUCAAAUCCAAUAAUCUAUGAUCCAAUAAUCUAUAAUCCAAUAAUCUGAUCCCCGAUUAUUUUGUACCUAAGAUGCACGUUCUAGUUUUCAUUCCACUAUUACUAUAGUUAUAUAUUUUAUUCCACUAUAUCAAUACACCUGGAAUAUUUGUGCACCCUGAUUGCUCCCGAACACUAGUGCGUUGUCACGAGUAGAAUAUAAUAUUGAUGAUUUCUUCAGCAAUCAAACGAGAAAAACUUUGGGCCUUAUGACCUUACGAUGAGUUUGGGACUUCCUAGUCCCCGGUCACGCUGAUGCGCC